CAAGACUGAGGAGAAAGAAGACAAAAUCCAUUUAUCACUUUUACUUCCUGCAUCAACUUAGCCAUGAAGACACUGGUCAUGUUUCUACUCAUCUGUGCCGUGAUGGUCCUGAAUAAUGCUGCUGAUGAGGAUCACAUCCUCAAGAGAUCAAUAUCUUGUCCCCACGGAUGGAGUGGUUACAGGGGCCGCUGUUUCCUCUACAUUUCAACACCAAUGACUUGGGGUAAUGCUGAGCAAACCUGUCUGAGCCGAGGGGGGAACCUUGCGUCGGUGCACAGCUUUAGUGAGCAGAACUUUAUUCAGUCAUUGAUCCUGAGCCUCACUCAUUCAUAUCCACUCACAUGGCUUGGAGGCUCAGAUGCAGAGCAGGAGGGUACCUGGUUCUGGAGUGAUGGUACUCAUUUUGAGUUCACCUACUGGGAUGCAGGUCAGCCUGAUAACCGUGCACAGUCUCACUGUCUGCUCAUGAACUUUGGAGGUAACAAGAAAUUUGAUGAUCAGCCCUGCUAUUACUCAAUGCCAUUUGUCUGUGCAAUGAAACCGUGAAGUCUCUUUGGAUGACAGAGGCACCUACAGUAGAAAGGACAUUGUUUGAGAAAUGUCCUUUCAAAUACUUCUAAGUCUAUAAUUUUCCUUUUCUUAUGUCUAAUCCAUAGAGUCAGGUAGAAAUGUAUCAUCAUAAUCUCUAACUCUGGCAUAUUUCUGUUCUUUGAUGGUAAAAGGAUUCAAGCAAUGAUACCAUUUUGUUAAUUUAACUGUUUUUCUUGUAAACAACACAAUA